AACCUGUGAAAGUCUAUUCUUUCUUUAUGUAACUAACUCUCUGAAAUGUUUUUAAUAUGCAUAUCAAUUCAUACUUAACUUAGAUUAACAAAGAUACUAUUUAGUCAUUUAUUGAUUGUUACAGUCAAACUGACAAACAAUUAGAUAUACUUUCAUUAAGAACUAAAAAUGUAACUUAAACUUAAACUGAAACUGAAUGGAUGUAAAGUUGAAGUUGAAAAAAAAGAAAUUGUUCCCCACAAAAGUUUUGGCUGGCGCAACUUUUGGAUAUUUUCGAGGCAAUCCUUCUAUUAUCUGACGUCUGUCCCUGAUCUUUAUAUCAUCUUGUUGGAUCUCAGGGUACAUGUCGGCUCAUUGGCAGUAUAUCACAGUCUCUGUGAGACUUGUAUCUAAGGAGAAUACUUAUGCCUUAUCAGGUAUACAUCUUAUCUUUAAAGAUCCUGCCAGGAAGAUUAGUUUUGAUUUCAUCUUAACCAUAAGUUACAUUCCUGAUCUUGAAUUAUAUAAGAUCUUAAUUAACUCGGGAAAUGAUGCAGAUGAUCAUAACGAGAGUACAGAUACUGUAUCGUGGUAUGGUGGGAAGGUUAUCAAUAACAUUGCAUUAAGUACUUAUCAUAGUAAACUUACAAAAUACUUAUCAUAUUUCAGACGAAAUGGGUUUAAUUUCAUCCCUUAUGAUAUUAUUAAUAAGAAAUCAAAUGAUACCAACUUUGAUAAUCUUUCAUUAUUGAAACUUGAUUUAGUUCCCAAUAUCAAACAACAGUUUAUUCAUAAAAAUCAAGCGUAUUAUAAACCUAUCAUGUUUCAUAACAAUAGAAUCAAUAAUGAACUUAAGAAUUUACCUAUCAUUAUAAAGUCAUAUCCGUUUAAUUUCACUAAUUCCAUGAUAUUUUCCAACUUCUUAUCCAAUGGUACUAUCAAUUAUGUGUUUAAAGACUAUAUAGGCUAUCUAUCUGAUACUCAAUAUUUAGAGAACAUGAUAGGUGGUGUGGUGUUGAAUGAUAAACAUCAUACUUCCAUAGGUUUAGUAUUAGGUAAUGUUAAGAAAUUAAAUGGUGACGGAGAUUUAACGUUUAUUAUAUCUUGGAACACGAUCUGGAAAGUAUUGAUGGAGUAUGAUUCCAAAUUAAACAAGUAUUCUUCAACCAUUCUAAAAUUAAACAGAUUAUCAACGUCCAUGACAACAACUAUAGCUACACCUUCAAGAAAGUAUACUUCGGUCUUCCCCAUUACGAUUCGAAAUUCAGUGGCAUCUUCAUGGGGUUCAUGUGUUUAUUAUAAUCAUAAUACAUUGAUGACCAACUUCCAUGUUCUACAACCAUUCAUUGGUAAACAUGAAGUAAGUUGUGAGAUCCAUAUAUCACCCACUUGUAUUCUAACCAUCACAAAUACUGACCUGAUCAUAACUCCAUUCAGAAAUAUCGAUUUAUCAUUCAUCAAGCUUUCUAUGAAGAAUAUCGUCCUCGUUAAUAAUAGAAACAUACCAGCUAAACCGAUUAGGAAAUGUUACAAAUAUGAUGUUGGUGAUGAAGUUAUAAGUCAAGGAUUUGGGUUAUUCUAUAACUUGACUAAUAUAAGUCCACUAGAAUCACAGGGGAUAAUUAGUUGUAAAGUUAAACUUCCAAUAACUUAUAAAGUACUUGAGUCGAAUUCAAUGAUCAUUACGUCUUCAUCAUGUUGGAAUGGAUCUUCUGGUGGUGGGAUAUUUAAGAAAUCAUCGUCGUCUACGUCUUCAUCAACAAGAUUAGAGUUCGUCGGUUUGAUUUGUUCAAAUGCUCAAAUUAAAAUUCCAAAUUUAUUAAAUGAAAAUUAUGAUCCUGAAAGUCGUAUAAUAUCUCAUGAAUCGAGUGAUGAUAUAAUAGAAAAGCUUUCCAAAUUCUCUUUGAUCUUGCCUAUUGAAAUCAUCGAUUAUUGUUAUACUCAUAAAGUAUCACAAUCUCAUAAUGCGAUUCCACCAAGUAUAAAUCCUAAAAUAAAAGAUAUCUGGCAAUUGAAGAGUUUCCACAAUGAUAUUGUCAUUGAUUCUACAAAGUUCUAGAGAAUAUAUAGUACCGUAUUUAAUACAUAUAUUAUUAUAAUACAUAAAGCUAGAUUGUUU